AUGGCUCUGUGGCAUAGUACACAAGUGCUUGAUGGUAGCGAUAAUUGGGCAAAAGCCAGACAGCUUCAGGGACUAGCGUCGUUGGCCGAAGCAGAACUAUUGAGUGGGGGGGUUGCCGGCUUGAAAUACUUACUGUGUGAGAAGUUUGGUUAUCCUGCUGCACCUCGACUACCACUACAACCCAUGAGCGACUUUGAAGCCAACCGAUUAUCUACCAGUACGUACCUGAAGCGCAUCAGCAACUAG